AUGGGACUACGACCUCUUUUCCCUCGAGAUAACGAAGAUGCCGCUCCCCGCAUCUUGCAAUGGCCCAUUUUGCGUAUUCCAUGGCAAGGUCGCCUUGGUGUUACCAUCUUCGCCUUUUUGACAGGCUAUGUGUGUGCCCUCAAGCCUAUCAAGCAGUCCCGUAACGGUGAUCACUUGGGCUCCUUUACCUCGGUGGCCAAGAGCGCAUUCCGCCGCCCACCUCGUUUGAUUUUCCCCGCUACCAUCGCCCUGAUCAUCUCAUGGGUGAUGGCUCAAUUUGGUGCUUUCAUUGUUGCCAACCGUUCGGACUGCUGGUGGUGCCGCUAUGCGGCCCCCGAUCUGGCCCCGACGUUCUGGCAGGAGGUCAUGCGAUUGUUUGAGAACUUCCUCGGUGUCUGGACUACCGGCUAUAUGGCAUACGAUGAUCACCAAUGGGCAUUGUUGCCACUGUUGGAAGCAUCUAUGCUCGUGUAUAUUCUUCUCUGCGCCACUAUGUUCGUCAAAUUCCGCUGGCGCCUGGCGAUUUAUUUGGGCAUGUUCCUCUAUUUCCACCAAGAUGCAGCCAAAAACACCGAAACCUUCCAAAUGCAAGCGAUCUACGGUAUGUUCCUUAGCGACCUUUCGUACGAAAAAGCAUUCAAAGAGUUCGUUGAGCGCCACAAAUGGGGUCGCAGAAUUGUGUCGGCGACUUGCGCCAUCUCUGGUCUUCUAAUUUGCUCAUACCCUGGCGAGCACCCCGAAUGGGCGACAUGGUCCAAGUAUAUGUUUGAGCUGGCUCACUAUAUCUUCCCUCCUGAUGUGAAUAUCGGCAAGCGCUAUUCGGCCAUCGGUGUCGAUCUGAUCAUUUUCGCCAUCUUCAUCUCGCCUUCUACCAAGGAUUUCCUGGCAAGCCGUCUCCUUCUCUGGCUCGGCAAGCAGAGUUUCGCCGUCUAUCUGGUGCACGGAACCCUCCUUCGCACCGUGCUGUGCUGGAUGCUAUACGGCAUCACCGGUCAACCAUGGGACGGCGACAUUGUCGAUGGCAACGGCCAGCCAAUUCUUGAUGAGAAUGGCGAGCCGCUUCACCCCCACUGGAUUCCCAUCCGCGCUCCAUGGGUUGUUGCUAUCUCCAUCCCAGCGUGGAUCGCGCUCGUCUACCUCUGCGCAUCACUUUGGACCUCCUACGUGGACCCCUUCUGCGCCAAGAUGACCCAGAAAUUGGAGAAGAUGAUGUUCGAGGAAGAUGAGAAGUCCCCGGCGACACUUCCUCUUACUAGCAUGCCAAUGACGAACAUGCCGAUGACUUCCGCGUAA